AAGGUCCUCGAGCAAGGUAGCUUGUGACUAACAGAGCCCAGCAUGGAGUGGUUCCGUUUCAUCCGGGAGAUAGUCUGGCACAAUAGCGGUUUUGGUUCGUUGAGAAAGAUCAUACCUUUCAUUGAGGACUACGAGCCGUGGUUUGAGCCCCAAAUCAUUCCGCUGCCGGCGGCGGCGGAGAGCAGCAACACUGAUGGGAAUUCGUCGGCGAAUGGGGCGGGAGAGGAUCAAGAACCAGCUCCCUCGGUCGUUUACCCAAAAGCCCGGUACUACUCGGUGGCAGACUAUCGUGAGCUCUAUCUCUCGGGGACCCUGACGCCAACCGACGUGGCUGAGGCAUUGCUGCCCCUGAUUCGGCGAGACGUUGACAACCCCACGGAGCACUCGAAAGCUUUCUUCGAGACCCGGGCCGAGAAGGUCCUCGAGCAAGGUAGCUUGUGACUAACAGAGCCCAGCAUGGAGUGGUUCCGUUUCAUCCGGGAGAUAGUCUGGCACAAUAGCGGUUUUGGUUCGUUGAGAAAGAUCAUACCUUUCAUUGAGGACUACGAGCCGUGGUUUGAGCCCCAAAUCAUUCCGCUGCCGGCGGCGGCGGAGAGCAGCAACACUGAUGGGAAUUCGUCGGCGAAUGGGGCGGGAGAGGAUCAAGAACCAGCUCCCUCGGUCGUUUACCCAAAAGCCCGGUACUACUCGGUGGCAGACUAUCGUGAGCUCUAUCUCUCGGGGACCCUGACGCCAACCGACGUGGCUGAGGCAUUGCUGCCCCUGAUUCGGCGAGACGUUGACAACCCCACGGAGCACUCGAAAGCUUUCUUCGAGACCCGGGCCGAGAAGGUCCUCGCGGCAGCGAAGGCAUCCACCCGACGUUACAAAGAAGGCCGCUCACUUGGGCCGUUGGACGGCGUCCCGACUGCGGUCAAGGACGAGUAUGACGUUGAGGGCUACCGCACCUGCCUCGGUUCGCGCAACACCUACUUUUCUCCCGAAGACCACGGCACCUCCUGGUGCGUGCAAAAGCUCGAAGCUGCAGGCGCCCUCAACCUCGGCAAGCUCUCGAUGCACGAGUUCGGGCUCGACACUACCGGCAACAACCCGAUCUAUGGCACCCCCCGCAACCCGCACAAUCCAACCUACUACACGGGUGGCUCCUCUUCGGGCACCGCCUAUGCCGUCAGCGCGGGGCUCAUCCCUAUCGGCCUCGGCAGCGAUGGCGGGGGCAGCAUCCGCAUCCCAUCCAGCCUCUGUGGCGUCUUCGGCCUCAAACCCACCCACGGCCGCUUGUCCUUCCGCCCGGGCGCGAACCACUGCAUAAGCUGUGCCUGCCUCGGGCCUAUCGCGUCCGACAUGUCCUCCCUCGCGGCCGUGUUCUCCGUCAUCUCAGUCCCAGACCCGUCCUCCCCCUUCCCCCCGCUCCCCACCCCCUUAUCUCUCCGGCUCCCAAGGCCGGACGACCCCAAAAUCCUCGGCAUCCCCUCCGCCUGGACCGCCCGCGCCACGCCGGCCAUCCAAGCCCUAUGCAACAGCCUGGUCCACGAGCUGGUCACCUCGCACGGCUACACCACGGUCCCCAUCGAGAUCCCCUUCCUCCGCGAGGGCCAGCUUGCGCACGCCAUGACGGUGCUCACCGACGCAGCGACCCUGCUGCCGCCCGAUAAAACGAGGAACCUCACCCCGGCCAACCGCAUCCUGCUGGCGCUGGGGCGUGUCACCCCGGCGACCGACUACACGCUGGCGCAGAAGCUGCGCCGCCUGCUGAUGCAGCACCUGGCGUGGCUGUGGCAGGAGCACCCGGGCAUGCUCAUCAUCACGCCGACGACGGCGUGCGAGGGCCUGCCGAUCCUGGACGCCGCGGCCGAAAUGCGCUGGGGCGUCAACGAAGGCGACCGCACCAUGGAGAGCAUGGAGUACGUCUGGCUGGCCAAUUUCUGCGGGCUUCCCAGCCUGAGCGUGCCCGCUGGGUUCGUGCCCGGCAGGAAGGGGACGGCGGAUGUGCCGGUUGGGUUGAUGGCUACCGGGGAGUGGUGUGCCGAGGAGCAGCUGCUGAGGUUCGGGAGGUUGCUGGAGGAGGUUGGGGCUGAUAGGAGGAGGAGGCCCAAGGUAUGGGUCGAUGUUGUUGCCGAGAGUAAGAAGAGGAGGACGUAAGGGGUGGCUCUCCAAGGGGUCGACGCCGUCGGGGAGGUAUAUGUGGGGCGAGAAAUGAACCUACUCCCUGCCCUUCUGAAACUGGUACGUUUGAGUGUCACGUCGGGCUGGUACCCAGCGACUGAUGUGCCUCGUACAUACAUACACGGCAGUAUCAAGCACGGGAGUGACG